AUAAAUUUUUAAUGCCUAACUUUAAAAACAGGCUUAAGGAACAAUUGAUGAUGACAAAAAAUCUAAGAUGACAAGUUUAAGUGGUCACUAACUAUAAGAUUACCAAAAAUAAUACCCAGAAAGUUACAUAAGUGUUAACUUACAUGCAGGCAGGAAGGGUGUGAUUCAUUAUUGCCAAGACGCCAACUAUUAACUCCAACAAUUACUAUUUAAUUGAGUGACUUAUAUAUUGCCUUUCUCCUGUCUGUUUUGCGAACACUGUCUCUCUAGUCUAUGUUAUCAGUAUAGGGUCCUGCUGCUCCUGCAUGGUUCUGUUACCAUCGCGGUUUUAGUGUAACUGUUAAGAUUUAGUUAUUAUGUGUUCAGCUAUUAACAUUGUUGUUAACUCCUUCUAUUGCGCAUGUUUAUGUUGUUUUUCUUUCGUUUCCUGCCAGUGUACUGUGACACAAAAUAAUUUUCUUUAUAGUAAAUAUGCAGUUACUUUUUUAAACCGUAAUUUUGGUUUCCAUAUAAUAAACCCAAGUGCAAUGCCUUAUGAAGUUUACAUGUUUGAUAAAUCACAGCAUGGACUUACCUGAUUAAGUAAUAAACUGUUUGUUUUUUCAUUUAUCCCUUGUAUCUAGUGUGUUUGUUUUUUGAUGUGUUACAUGCGAUUCAAAGUUAAGUUGAGAGUUUAUAUGCCUCAAAAGAUAGUUGACCUUGAAUUUGCAGUUUAAAUUAAUAGUUUUACAUGUGAUCAGUUUUUAAUGUGGUAUAAGAAUAAUAUGUAUUUAACUUCAAUUAUACAUCAGUUCUAGAAGUUUUGUAAAGUAGAUAAUCUAAUUACACUGUAUUGAUAAGUAUUCAACAUGGAUGAUUGGAAUCCACAAGAAGAAGCUUUUCAAAACAAAAGAUUUAACUCUGGAAAUGGUGGGAAGAAGCGAGAGAAAUACACGCUUUAUGUAGUAGGAAUUCCCCCUGAACUAAGCAAUCGAGCACUGAGUAAUUUGUUCAGCUCCUAUGGACAAGUACUGCAUGCAAAUGUUCUUCCACAAAAGCAUGAUGGUUUGCCAAGGGCUGGGUUUGUUGACUUCAACUCAUCAUCAGAAGCUGAACUUGCAAUUAGAAAGCUUAAUGGCACUCGAAUUGGUAGAUUUAAUCUGAAAGUGGAACAUGCACGUCCAAGGUCAACUAAUAGCAAUGGUGGCACUGGCUACAUGGAUUUGAUAAAGAAACUUGAAAAGGCUCCUUUGAUUGAAAGUGACCUGAAUAUGUUGGUUCAAUCUGUUGAAGAAAGAAUAUCAAAGAAUCCUUUACAUAGUGCGGGGGGUGAUGCUGGGAUUUUAACGGAAAAAGUAAAACAAACAACAAGUCAUGUUGAAAGUGACAAUGAAGAUGGAAAACCUAUCAAGAAAUAUUGUGAAAACAACAAUUAUUUAGAAACUGUUCCACAAAAACAUUGUAAUGUUUGUGGAAAGGUGGCAAGCAAACUUUGUAGCUCUUGCUCAUCGGUGUAUUAUUGCUCUGUGAAUUGCCAAAAACAAGAUUGGUUGGAUGGUCACAAGAUGCAAUGCAAGCAAGUGAAGAUAGUAAAUGAUAAAGAAAGCAAAGAAGUUGGAAAUGAUGAACCAUUGAUAGUGGUUAACGAUUCUAUUUUAAAAAGUUUUGAAAAACAUAUAAACUCAAAUGUAAGUAAGGUUGUAACUGCAGUUAAACCUUCUACAUCUUGUGAAGAGAAUAAAGUAAUUACUCAACAUGUGGUGGAAAGUGUAAGCUGUGAUCUAGAAGUUGAGCAAGUGCCUCCAGAAAGUAAAAGUCAGUUCACAGACUUCAGCAACAUUAUGGUUGAUUCUACAUUAGAUCUUACAGUUUGUGACUUGGAUAUUGCUAACAGCGCCAUUCUGUGCAAAAGCAGUAACGUUGAAGCUGAAAAAACAUUGGAUUGUUUACAAGAACAAAUUAACAAGUACUAUUGUAAAAACGAAGUUGGGAAGUUGGAAAACUUCCGUGUUGGUGUACUGUGUGCUGCAGUAUUUGUGGAAGACAACCAAUGGUAUAGAGCUGUAAUUGAAAAAGUAAAUUCUCAAUCUGGAAAGGCUUUUGUAAGAUUUAUUGAUUAUGGAAACACACAAAUCAUGAUGAGAAAUGCAUUAAAGAUUUUAAAGGAAGAAUUUACAACAUUGCCGGCUUUUUGUUUGACCUGCUUACUUUUCACUCCUGGUGUUUAUUCUGGUUGGCAACCUGAAGCUAAGACAUUUCUAUCGGAAGUUUUGCAAAAGAAUGGUAUUUGUAUAAAGUUUACUGUAAAGGAAAUUGUCAACAGGUACAGAUAUGUUGGUGAAAUCAAAAGUGAUGAUCUAAGUCUUAACAAAGAGUUUCUCGAGAGAGGGUUUGUAAAGAAGAGGUUACAUGAAGCACAAAAGCCAGAAUUUGACAAGCCACACUCUUCAAGUUUGCCAUCGGAGAACCAAGAUGUGUCACAAAGUAAAUCAACAGGAACUGUUGAGAUGAAGAAAGUUUUACCAAAUCCAAGUCGCCGACCAACACAAAGUUCAGUUUCACUAUCUCCCAGCAACUUGAUGAAACAUCAAGUUACAAAGACUGCACUACAUAUCAAGGAGGUUGAAACACCAGAGCAGCAGUUUCAGUUACUUAUAUCUCAUGUAAAUAACCCAUGUGACUUUUAUUGUCAGAUUGUGCAGCAAAGUUUGGCAGAUUUGUCAAAUUAUUUACAAGAAAUGACAGCUUAUUUUACCACACAAAAUGCAUCUAACAGCUGGAACAUUGAUGUCGGCACAAUUUGUGCAGCUCAGUUUACGGAGGACAAGAUGUGGUAUAGAGCUGUUGUGUUAAAUAAAGAUGAGAAAAUCCAAGUACGAUUUGUGGAUUAUGGAAACACAGAAGAGGUUUCAAAGGCACAAGUUCGACCAUUACCUGAGCAGUUUCAAUCACUCCAAAUACAAUCAUUCCAUGCCUGUCUUGCUCAUUCCUUCCCAAUUGAUGGUCAAGAAUGGAGCCAAGAAUCAAUUAAUCUUAUGAAAAAAUGCCAGAAUCACCCCUUUGUUGCUAAAGUUCAUGAAAAAACACGAGGUCUAUCAUCUCUUACUAUUUAUAUUGACGAUAACUUAACAUUGAAUGAUCACCUGGUACAAGCUGGCUUUGCAUCAUCUGCUCCACCAAAGGUUGAAACUUCAGCGGUUAAAAUACUUUACACUGAUAAACUACCUGUUGUCGUCCCACCACUACAAAGUUCUAAGCCAGUUUCUAUCAAUAUUACAGAAGUUUCUCUGGAUGGUCAUUUAUACUGUCAGCUCAUUUCAGAUGAUUUGCUUGGUGUCUCCGAAUGCACAACAAAGCUGACAAAACAUUGUAAUAAUUUUAAAUCUUUAUUAUCCACACCAGAAGUUGGUAAAGUAUGCUCGGCAUAUUAUGAAAAGGAUAAAUGUUGGUAUCGAGCUCAAAUCACCAACCUCACUGAAGGCAAAGCAGAGGUUGUGUAUCUGGAUUAUGGAAAUUCUUUGAAAGUUCCAAUGGAACAACUUCAAAACUUGCCCGAAGAAUUUGCAUCUCCAUCAGCUCAAGCUAUCAAGAUACGCUUGGCUGACUGCACAUUCCCGACAAAUGGAUGUUCCGAAGAAAUGCUUUGUUUGAUUCAGAAACUGAUGAACUGUCCAUUGGAUGCAAAGUUCCUCAGUGUAAAAGGCCAAGCAGAAUAUUCUGUUAAAAUACCAGAACUACUGAAUCUUCUUAUUUGCCACAAAUUUGUUAAAUAUACUUUUUAAGUAAAUGUGACUAACUGUUACUACCAGUAAGGUUGUAAGUCAUAACUUUGCAUAUUUAGUAAUCCAUAAACAUAAUUUCAAGAAUAGUUUUUUGUUAAUGUAAGAAAUAACAUUAAGUUAAUAAUUUUCAAUUAAUUUAACCUUUUUAUUCACUUGUGGUUACUUUUUACAUAAAACUUUCGAAUCCAUUUUUGAGGUUCUCUAAGUUAAAUGUUCCAAUAAGUUUUGUCAAUUGUGCUUUUAGUUUUUAUGAUAAAUCAUGUUGUUGCCAUUUUUUUAUAACAAUAGUGGCAUAGUGCAUCUUAUAUAUUAAGAAUUUUCAGUUAAUAUAUAAUUGUAUAAUGUAACAGUAAAGAUAAUGUCCAUAAAGUAACCCAUACAUUUUUCUGAAUUUGAAAGUGUAUAUAUUUUUUGUAACCUGUAAACCUGUAGAAUUUGCAUAUUUGAAAAAGUGGUUUCUGGUUGAAAUGAUGUCUUGUUUUCCAAACACGUUCCACCUCUUGGUGCAAACACUUCCAUUCCGUUCUUAGUUUUCAAUCUUCAUUAAAAUUUCGUUUUAGUAUGA